CCGCGGGCCGCGCCGGGCCGCGCGCGCCGUGCAGAGCGUGGCAUUGCGGCGGAGGCAGUGCAGUGCAGAUAGAGCCGACGCCCGCGCCGCACCCGUCCAGCAAGUGCCAUGGCCCAGGUCCGCGACGUCAUCCUGAUCGCGGCCGCGGCGCUGCUUGCCCUGGCCGCACCCUCGGAUCAGCAGUCGGUAUUUACCGGCCACCCACCCGAGCCGCCCCCCGCCGCAACCACUGCUGCUGCCCCUGCCGCUGUUUGUCGGGUGUGCCACUGCACUGCGACUGCACUGGACUGCGCUGCCGUCGACCUCGCGCGCCUGUCGGCUCUCGGCUGGACGGAGUCUUGGGGGCUGAGGGAGGCCCUGCUUGACGGGACCGAGGACGGCAGCGGGUCGCCGCCGCCGCCGCCCGCCCUCUUGGCUGCACUGCCACCCAUGCCGGGGCUGGAGUCAGUGAGCCUCCGGUACAGGGGCCUGGGUGGCAUCGCCUCCAAGGCAUUCGCCGGCCUGCCGGACCUCAAGAUGCUCAGCCUCGCGCACAACCGGCUCACGGCUGACGCGGUGCGCGCCGACGCCCUUAGGGGCGCGUGGAACGCGGACAGCUACGAGCCGCUUGGCGUGGAGGAGCUCGACCUCAGCCACAACCAGCUGCACUCGCUGCCUCUGCGCGCCCUGGAGCACCUGCCGCGCCUCAGGACGCUGCGCCUGGACCACAACCCCCUGCGCGUCCUGGACCGCAGCACGCAGGCUGCGCUCGCCAAGGCCACCGCCCUCAAGGAGCUGAGCCUGUCCGGUUGCGGCCUCACCGGGCUGCCGGGGGACUUGUCGUCCACGCUGCCGCGCGGCCUCGUCCACCUGGACCUGUCCGCCAACGCGCUAACAGUCGUGCCCGGUGGCCUGCCGGCCUCGCUACGGCGCCUGGUGCUCGACGCCAACCCUAUCCGGACGCUGCCCGCGGGCGACACCCUCAUCGCGCCCUUCGCGCACCUCGUCAACCUGGAGGAGCUGUCCGUCUCCUACAUGCCCAUCCUGGAGGACGUCUCGGCGGGCGCCUUCCGCGGCCUGCCGCAGCUGCGCGUGCUGAGCUGCUCGCACAACCCCGUCCUUCGCAGGGUGGACGCCGCCGCCCUCAGCCACCUUGGCCCCAGCUGGAAGCUCAGAGAGGUGAGCUUGCGCAACAACAGUCUGAGCUGGCUGCCGCCGCGGCUGCUCGCGUGGAGCGGCCUCACCUUCCUGGACCUGGCCGACAACCCCUGGGACUGCUCGUGCAACUUCUCGCUGUGGGCGAGCGCCGUGCUGCGCCCUGUCAACCUCAACGAGCGCGACCAGGUGCGGUGCUCGAGCCCCGAGGCGCUCGUCGGCAGCCCGGUCCUCAACCUGACGGCGGCCGCCUGCUUCCCGGAGGCCGCCUACGCCCGGCGGCCGUCGCUGUUCGCCAACGCCCUGCUGCUCCUGCUGACCGUCACCCUCGUGGCCUCGCUCGUGCUGCUGGCGCGCCGCGUCCUGCCCGGGCACGCGUUCGCCGGGCCGCUCGCGCCGCUCGUGGGUCGCGCCGCCCGUCAGCUGCCGCGCGCGGGCAGCGUGGACAGCCUCAAGCACCCGCUGUACAUGGUGGCGCCCAGCGAGGACGAGCCGCCGGCGCCCCCGGAGCGGAGGGGCGACCUGUGAGCCGCAGCGUCGGAGACCGCGUGGACCACCAUUCCGUGGCCACGUAUGCCAAGCAAAACCAGAAAGACGCCUUUACCAAAGAACGAAAUUAGCCGCGUUAGUCGAGAGUAGGACUAUUGCCAAAAAUGAAACCAACCAAAUCAACGGCCCCAACGUUUAUUUUAAAAGAAAAACAUAUAUAUUUUCACGUGAUAUAAUAUAAUUUAUCGUCUAGCUUGUACAAAUAAUUAAUUAGUGAUACGUAAUAAUAAACCUCAUAGUCAACUGCUGACUGAUCUCAAUAA